GUCUGAACUACCAAUUUGCUAUCGCAUGUGAUCAAUGUAAACGUGACAAACCACAUCUGCAUCCAUUUGAAGAUUGCCAAAAACCGAAAGUUCCUUGUUCCAAAUCCAAACGGAUGGAUGUGACUAAAUACCAGGAGAGCUUCCUGAAAGAAUAUCAUGAAUCUACUUGCCCGGAUUGCAGCCUUUGCAGAAGUGACCAAAGUCCUGCACGCCCAAUCGCAGCAGCAACAAGUGCAAUUCACAAGGAAACAGAGCAAGUAUCAGCUCCAGCCCAAAAAGAAGACGCUCAAGUGUCAACUCGAGGUUUUGCAGUAGAUGAGUCAGUAUUUCCAAGAGUGCUUCUAACAGUCUCACAGAGCAUCGGUGCAGAUCUUAACAUAUGGAAAGUGGCCCUCAAAGAUGAAAUUAUGAAUGCAAAUACUGUACAUAAGGCAGCAGAGGCAACUGAGCUGUUUGAUGCUCUGAGGGACACUGCCAAACUAAAGGCAGAUGAUAUAAGCAUCCUGUUAGAGACCAUUAAGCUCACCGGUGUACUCCGUUUGCAGAACCACAUCCCCAACUGUCCACGCCUUGAUAAUAUCAAGAUCACUCACUUCUCAAAGUUCAGGCAGUCUGUGAUGGCCUUUGGAAUGCAACUCAUUGAUGAUGACAUCAGGUUGAUUGUACAGCGUUAUGAGCUUCCUGGCCAAUACAGUGACAAGUGGUCACUUAUAAUGGACUUGGAAGAUAAUCUCAUACUGGCAGAUGAUGAUAAGUUUGAUGAUUUCAAACAUGCGUUAGAUAAGCUAGGACUGAGAAGACUCCGCCGACUGUUACACAGUGAACGAAGUCCUGCAAAGCCAAUCGAACAUCAUCAAUCAACUUGCUCGGAUUGUAGCCUUUGCGGAAGUGACCAAAGUCCUGCGCGCCCAAUUGCAGCAGCAGCAAGUGCAAUUCACAAGGAAACAGAGCAAGUAUCAGCUCCAGCAUUGUCAGAUAAGGAGUGGCGAGAGCUAAAAACUGUUGUCUCACAGUGGUAUGACAGCAACAAAAGUGUUCCUUUGCUGAAAGUGUUGUUCAGAGACAAGAUGGACAAAUACGAGCUAUCACCAGAAACUUACACGAUGGACCUGCUGAAUAUACUAUUUAAACGUGGUCAUCUGAGUUCACAGAAUCUUGGACUUCUGUGUGAUACUAUUAGCAUAACCAAACAGUUGGGACUUUUAACGAAGAUUAAAGAAAAGCUGCCAUCAUUCCCAGACGUUGAGGAAGGAACCAUUUCAAAAACUUUCACAUCUCACAGACAAAGUCUAAUGAAACUUGGAAUGGUACUGACCCAAGCCAAUGUGACGCAGAUCGAUCAAUUGUAUAAUACGCCUCCUAAGAAUUAUACAGACGGCUGGAGUAUGAUCAACGAUCUUGAAGACCAACAGAUUAUCAGGGAAGGAAAUAUGAAGGAAUUCACUGAUUCACUGAAAAUUCUUCAACUCAGUUUGGCAUUAAAUGCAUUAACAGAAGCCCAAAAAGAAGACUUCAAGAAAGUCGCUCCAGUGUCAACUCGAGAUUUUGCAGUAGAUGAGUCAGUAUUUCCAAGAGUGCUUCUAACAGUCUCACAGAGCAUCGGUGCAGAUCUUAACAUAUGGAAAGUGGCCCUCAAAGAUGAAAUUAUGAAUGCAAAUACUGUACAUAAGGCAGCAGAGGCAACUGAGCUGUUUGAUGCUCUGAGGGAAACUGCCAAACUAAAGGCAGAUGAUAUCAGCAUCCUGUUAGAGACCAUUAAGCUCACCGGUGUACUCCGUUUGCAGAACCACAUCCCCAACUGUCCACGCCUUGAUAAUAUCAAGAUCACUCACUUCUCAAAGUUCAGGCAGUCUGUGAUGGCCUUUGGAAUGCAACUCAUCGACCGUGACAUCAGGUUGAUUGUACAGCGUUAUGAGCUUCCUGGCCAAUACAGUGACAAGUGGUCACUUGUAAUGGACUUGGAAGAUAAUCUCAUACUGGCAGAUGAUGAUAAGUUUGAUGAUUUCAAACAUGUGUUAGAUAAGCUAGGGCUGAGAAGACUCCGCCGACAGUUACACAGUGACCGAAGUCCUGCAAAGCCAAUCGGUUUUGCAGUAGAUGAGUCAGUAUUUCCAAGAGUGCUUCUAACAGUCUCACAGAGCAUUGGUGCAGAUCUUAACAUAUGGAAAGUGGCCCUCAAAGAUAAAAUUAUGAAUGCAAAUACUGUACAUAAGGCAGCAGAGGCAACUGAGCUGUUUGAUGCUCUGAGGGACACUGCCAAACUAAAGGCAGAUGAUAUAAGCAUGUUAGAGACCAUUAAGCUCACCGGUGUACUCCGUUUGCGGAACCACAUCCCCAACUGUCCACGCCUUGAUAAUAUCAAGAUCACUCACUUCUCAAAGUUCAGGCAGUCUGUGAUGGCCUUUGGAAUGCAACUCAUCGACCGUGACAUCAGGUUGAUUGUACAGCGUUAUGAGCUUCCUGGCCAAUACAGUGACAAGUGGUCACUUAUAAUGGACUUGGAAGAUAAUCUCAUACUGGCAGAUGAUGAUAAGUUACUAGAUGAUUUCAAACAUGCGUUAGAUAAGCUAGGACUGAGAAGACUCUGCCGACUGUUCUAA